AUGGACGACAAUACGGAAAAAGAGCGGAGGAAACGUCUCCCAGACCAGAGUGUUAAGUCUGCAGCGACCUCUACUUCUAAGAAGAGGAAGACGGUGACAUCUACGGCCAUACAAGAUGCUGUUUCGCGGGUUACCAUCGAAUCCCUGCCGUCUGAGAUGGUGGAGCAGAUUUUGAGCUGGGUGUCUGUUGGUGACGUCAUCGCUUUCGGGGCUACCUGCCACGCCUUCCACCAGCUGAGCCUCAGCCCCGCCCUCUGGAAAGCGCUCUGCCGUCGCCAGACAACGGGGGGGCGGGCGGGGCCCUGUAUGAUCCAGGCGGUGGCCCCGGGCCGGGCUCUGGGUUUCCGGCGCAUCCUGCCCACCUGUGAUAAGCACUUCCUGUGGGACACGCAGGGCACGGUGUUCUCGCUCAGCGACGCUGUGGCGCUCUCCCCCAGCGGGCAGCUGGUCUGGAGUGAGGCCAGCCGGAGCACCGUGCUCUGCAGGAACGUCAAAGACGUCACGGUGGACCCCCGCAGUGACGUGUCCCGGCGGCAGUACGUGUACGUGCUCAUGACGCGGCUCCCCGCGGGCUGCGGGAGGCGCAGUGACAGCGUGGAGAUCUACCAGCAGUACAGCGGAGAGCGCGUGUUCCACAUGACCUUUCACCCCUCCAUGACCUUCAGCCAGCUCAGACUCAUGGGAUCAGAGGUCAACAGGACCCUGCUGCUGCUCACCGGCACUGGUAGAGUGUACACAGUUCCCCUGAAUGAGACCCAGUUGAACAGGCCCCGCUCCUUCACUGUACAGCUUACCCUGAGAGAGAUCAACCAUUCCCUGCCUGACCUGGCAGUCAAACAGAUCCACACCAGUUACAGCAGUGCCCUGUACAUUACAGGUGAGGGUGAGGUGUAUGUGGAGACACACUCUGCAGGGGUCCAUCGGCACCUGUUUGGCUCUCUGCAGGGGUUCAGCCCAAACACCGGCCCAAUGCUCCUCCCCCUGCCAUCCAAGGUAGUGAGGUGCUCUCUGGGACUCACUCAUCUCUGCCUGCUGGAUGAAAGGGGGUGUGUCUUCAUGCAGGGAAGCAACAAUCAUGGCCAGCUGGGGACCGGAGACAAGAUUGACCGACGAGAGCCCACGCAGGUGGUGCUGUCCCUGACCCCGGUGGAAGUGUGCUGUGGACUGAACCAUUCCCUGGCCCUGCUGCGGGGGGAGGCCGGGGAGAAGGAGGUGCAGGGCUGUGGGUGCGGCCGGGGGGGGCGGCUCCCUGGCUGGUCUCAGGGCAGCCCUGUCUUCGUCAGGCUGAGCGUGAAGACCCCCCGGAGCACCCGAGUCCUCUGCUCCUCUAAGUACCACCUGUACCUGCUCUGUUGCCAUGACAUCGAGGAGCCCCUCCUGUUCCAUCCCCCCCCACUGGGGGCGGAGUCAGAGAAGGAGGCUGCUGAGAGGGCGGGGCUCCAGAGGUGCCUGUCACAGCUGAGGGGGUGUGGCCAUCUCCAGGAACAGCUAGCCAGGCUGAGAGAGGCUGUUCAGAGUCACAUGACUCUUAGCUCCGCCCACAAGGACUUCCUGGAGGAGGCCCUGUCCACAAUGCAACAAGCCUCUUCUUCUACCACACAGUUCCAAAUUUAAAGAUGCAACCCCCCUCUCAUUGUUC